CCGUGAGGAGCGCCGGACUCGGAGUGUUUAACAGUUACUGAGCUGGGAAACUACAAGUAACCCCCGAGACUCCGCAGCCCGGGUGGAGCGGAGAGGGAAACCUGUCCUGGGAACUGUGCACCGGGCCCACAGUUUGUGCUGUGAAGGUGCAGAUGUGAACAUUGUGUCAGGGAGAGUGUGUUAAAGGGGCGGGCGGCUUCGACUGGUGUCACUGUGUUUGUGGGUCCGAUCACAUCGCCGGAUUUCCCAGUCCCUCCUGUGGAAAAUGAAAAGAUUUCCCUGUCACGGGAUCGCCCCGCUCCCCAGCCCAGUCCUGAAGUGGGAAUUAGCCGCAAAGUUUUAGUCGGUUUCAAUAUUUCAGUCGAAAAGCAGCGAACAUGUCAGCGAUCGGGGAGAGAACGCGGGCAGUGCAGCAAUGAAACGGGUUGAAAUGGAAAGCGCCGCCUUUAAUUCGGAUCAAACUUUGUUUACAGCAAACAUUCCGGCCUCAGACACUGACCGGGACCAGUCUGGGUCUCCGGGCUGUCCGAUUUUCAUUGGAAUCGGAGAGUUUUUGAGGAGAGAGAAACACAGAGAGACGGAGCGGCCGGGAGCUGACAGCAGGAUGUCUCCGCCCCGUCCGCUCGCUGCCUUUAAGUUGCUCUGUGCCGCCGCCUCUCGCUUCAUUUCUCACUCAGUUCCGAGUGUCAGAGAGAGUUUGUGCAGAGUCGGGCAAAAUGACCGAGACCGCAGCCGCCGAAGCGGCUCCUCCAGCCGCGCCCGCCGCCCAAACCAAGGCUCCCAAGAAGAAGAAGGCGCCCGCCCGGAACAAGGCAGCCGGUCCCAAGCUGGGCGAACAGAUCGACCAGAUUGUGGCGGGUUGUCCCGAUAAGAAGGGAAUGUCCGGGAUCGCCAUCAAGAGGGCUCUGGCUGACAGAGGGGUCGAUGUGGUGAAGCGCCGCGCCCAGAUCAAGAUGAGCAUCAAGAGGAAAGUGGAAACAGGCUCCCUGCUUCAGACCAAGGGCGUGGGCUUCUCCGGCUCCUUCAAGGCCGGUAAGGAGAAAAGUUCCGUGAAACUGGUGAAGAAAGCGAAGAAACCAGCCGCCAAGAAGCCAGCGGCCAAGAAACUGGUGACCAAGAAGCCUGCGGCUAAGAAAUCUGUCGCCAGAAAAUCUGGGGCCAAGAAAUCUCCCACCAAGACACAAGGGGGCAAGAAACCAGCGGCUAAAAAAGCGGCGGCUCAGAAACCAGCGACCAAGAAGGCGGCGCCGAAGAAGGCCAAGAGCCCCAAGAAGGUCGCAGCCCCAAAGGCGAAGGUGGUGAAGAAAUUGGCAAAAAACAAACCAAAGGCAGCGAAACCCAGGAAGGCAGCGGGCAAAAAGAAGUGAAUUCAAAAGCGCAACUUGUAGAAAUCCAACGGCUCUUCUCAGAGCCACCCACAUCUCUCGGGAAAGAGCUGAUCCCGAAUCCUCUGAUUCCUGUCCCGGGACUGGGCUCCGAUUUCAGGGGGAACCCACUUCCAUAAAACCCGGGAUCCCUGGUACCUCGCGGAUAUUCGGAACCCCGUCCCGUCCGCAGUGCCUGAAGUACGGGCCGAGCGUCACCCCGGACUCGGGAUGUGUUCAAGGCCAUUUCCUUCUCACAGAUGCCGGGAGAGAGCGUCUGUGAAAUGGUAAAACUGGCUGAGGUUCCCCGCCUCACA